CGUCUCAGCUGAUCGUGUCAUUUUGGGGCCCCGACGCAGACGCUCAUCGCGCCCCAGUAUGUGUGUUGUAUUUGAUUCGAGUUAAAGGAGAGGGAAAGGAAGUUGGACUUGGGCGUCGAAAGGCGUCGGUAGUGAAAACAACAGCUCUUGGUUUUUUUUGUUUUUGUUUUUAUCUAGGAGUUGGGCCUCGAUCACUUUGUGCUGUGUGCGUGUGAACCGUUCUCACUGGCUGAUUCUCGAUGGGUUCGUGAGCUCCAACUUUGCUCUGCUGUGAUCUUUUUCCCACCCCAGAGUUCGCCCCACCAGAGUUCUUCAACAGUCUUCAAACCUGCUGCUGCUGCUGGCCUGUGUUCUUGCACACAUCUGAAAUAAGAUGACGGAAAGGGCAGGACGCGGCUCGCUGGCGAGCAGCGUCGUCACCAGCAAGACAGCCAAGGGAGAUGGCCAGCCUCUGAUUCCGAUGAACCUUUUUGCAGCAUGGGAUGUUGAUCGAACACCACCCAACUGUGUCCCCAGGUUAUGCUCGCUGACCCUGUCCCGACUGACUGUCCUGAAACCGCUCGGCUCCGACAUCAGCACCAUUACGUUGGCCGUCAAAAUGCAGAGUUCAAAAAGGACGUUGAGAUCGAAUGAGAUCAUGUUGCCAGCCGGCGGUGGUUUACUGGACACGGCACUGGAACUGCGAUUCGCCCUGCAGUACCCGCAUUACUUGAAACAGUGGGAGGCCGGCAAUCGACUGCAAGUGAUGCUGCAGCGCCGGAAGCGCUACAAAAACCGGACGAUCCUCGGCUACAAGACUCUCUGCUCCAACACAAUCAACAUGGUGGCAGCUGUUCAACGCCAAAUGGACAUGGAAUUGGAAUUGUAUGGCGAGGCGACCAGCACCAGCGGCAAGGAGAGCGUCGCUCCGCUCGCCCGACUCCAAGUCCAAUCAUUGACCAGUCAGCCCGUCGAUCACGAAGAGGCGGCCGAGCGUCUCAAGACUCUAUCACUGGGCGACGGCGCAGUAGUUCAAUCGACUGCCGCCACGUUACUGGGCGGCAGUCCUGCCGUGUCGUUGUCUUCUUCUGCCACCAAGUCCAGCACCAAUCCCCACUCGACCCUUUCUCUGUCUCACCCUUUAGUGCUGGAGCGCGGAGGCGUCGGCGGAAUGCGGUCGGGAUUCGUCCGCUACGAGGACGAGGACGACGACGAAUUCUCGAGCAACGACGACGGAGGAUCCGAUUCGGAUCAGACGGCGGGGCUGGGUGGCGUGCGCGCCGGAGGAGGUGCCGGCGUCGGAGGAGUCAGUGGCGUGGUGGGAUCUGGCGUCGACCGACGACCCGCCAGGAUGAACAAGGCCAUGAUGCAGAACCGUGGAAAAAUCCUGCCUUCCAACGCCAGGCAAAGGAAUUUGAAGCAGAAAUUCGUUGCAUUGCUCAAACGUUUCAAAAUCACCGAGGAUCUCCAGGGCCUGGAAAACGAGGCCGACGAAGAUCCCACCAAACUCACUGGGGCCGACUUGGAAAUGGACGCCGGUGAUAUCGAGGAUUUAAUCGACGAACUUGAGGAUCUGAGCGAUUCUGGACCUGAAAUGGACACGUUGAGCGUCACGUCGACUCCCAAACCGUCGCUGAGACCGUUCUUUGCAUCCAGUCGAUCCUUGUUGGCUCCUGAUCUCAGUUCGAAUCCAUCCGCUUUCGCCUUCCCGACGACCGGGACGUUUUUCAACGAUAAAGCGACAGCACCGGCCACUCUCAACACGUCAUCGGCCGGUGGCCGGAGGCUGGAACGCCACUACAGCGACGAGAGUUCCAAACGGGCCGAUUCGGAUUCCACGCACGCCGAGUCCAUGUUCACCGACCAGGAUCGCGAGAGCGACACACCGACCGCUUCCAGCGCCCAUUGCCCGUCUCAUUUCUCCACGGCCGCACACGAUGACAAGACCAAGAACGAAAAGGAAGUGAGAAGAAGUCGACUGUUUAACCGGGAGCGGUCGGGUCCUUCGCUGUCGUCCGUCUCGUCCGGGAGCGUCGCUCCGUCGCCUUGCUCAGGGACCUCCACCAACGCGCACCAGCAGCAACAGACGCACCAACAGAAAGAAUCGUGCAGCGGAAGCAAAAAGAGUUCCGGUGCCCAGGGCAACAGCGGUAGUUUAACGUCGUCAACAUCGUCAUCCAAAGACAAAUCGAAUGAAUCCAGCCCGCGCAAGAUCCUGUUGGAACAACUGGUGCGUUGCAUGCCGGCUGACGACGCUUUACCCGAUCAUGUCGUCAUGGUUAGCGGAGCCGACCUGCAGGGCUGUAACCUGGCCGGGAGAUUGGCCGAGCGCCAACAGCGUGCCGUCUGCACGGGCGGCGUCGCCGACGUCCGCGCAACCAUCGCCUGUCUGGUUUCCAAAAUUCAGAAAUUUUGCAACUGCAGCGCCAAACCACCGCCGGCCGUCAAAGUGGUGCUCAUGGGUCCUGAUAGUUACGUCAACUCUGUCCUCCGUUGCUACGUGGAACAGUUUAGCAGCAAACCGCCCGACUGGAAGAAUUAUCUCAAGUUUUACAUCGUCCCCCUCGUUACCAACAGCGGGUCUUCCGCCGGAACGAAUAACAACAGCGGCAACGGGAUCGGCACUGGCGGAUCCAACAACACCUUGUCGAGGUACCUGGCCUCCCUCGACCGAUACUACAACGUCAAUUUCGUUUCCGACUCGUGGAGAGAAGCCCUGGACAGGCCGGCCGAGAAGAUGCUGGCGGCUUCCAUCAACGGUGGAGGUGUCGACACCAUGGGCGGCUCGUCCGCUCCCGCAGUCACUACCCCGUCGAAAAUCGAUGUCCAGGAGGUGAUACACAGACUGGGCAGAUACUUGACCAGCAACGGAUGCACAGUCCAAGUGCCCAUCGCCGAGGCCAUGAUCACUUACAGAGAACCCAAUUCGGAGGAGGAAUCGACGCAGGUUUUCAUCCCGUUCGUUAGUGAAGUGCGGAUCGGUUUCGCCGAAUCUGCGGCCGCCGUGAUGGCAGCGGCCGCUGCUAUGACUCCCGGCUCGGUUGACGCCGAGGACGGACAGCAGCUGAGCAACACCGGGGCCAGUUCUGGGCCCUUGUCCGGUUCGCCUCCUCACCAGUCAUCCGUAAUGUUGACUGUCAACGCUGCCAUUCAACCUGGCAGUUCAAUGGAGAGGGAACAGCGCGACAAAGAGCGGACUGGCGGCCGGACAACACCACCCAGCUCACCCAACAUUUCUUCCGUUCACGGCCAAAAAUCUUUUUUUGAUGAAAACAGGAGGGAAACGUCGACUCCUGGAGCCGAAUCGGUUGAGCUGCAAGUGGAUUAUUGGUUGUCGGGUGCCAGCGCGGCAGCGGCGGCGGCCGCCGCCUCGGCGACAGCCCGCGAAAGCAUCGCCUCUGCGGCCGCCAUCAGCCUGGCAACUAUGGCGCAGGCUGUCAAGCGGGAGAAACCCGGUCCGGCCGAGCAGAGCAGUGUCAAAUACACGGUGAAAGCCGGUUUCCGUUGGAUCGUCGUCCAGCGACUGCCUCAUAGCAACGUGUCGUCGUCGACAACUGCUUCCUCCUCCGGCUCGGAUGCCUCUUCUCUCUUCACCAUGACGUUCGGUCUCAAGGAGAAGAAACAAAAAAUCAUGCGGCUGGGCAAGAAGAAGGAAAAAGAAAAGGAAUCCGAGUCCAAGAGUCAAGUGGUCGAGGGCAUCAAUCGACUCGUGUGUCAGGCCAAGACGCAUCAUUCUCUGCUCAAAGUGGUGAUUGACGGAGUGGAAUGGAACAAUGUCAAGUUCUUCCAGCUGUCGUCCCAGUGGCAAACGCACAUCCGCCACUUCCCCGUCGCUCUCUUUACCGAAUCUAUUUUGUGAAACAAUUGCGGUUGGACGGAAUUCGCGGAAAAUAUAUAUGAAAACAGGAAAAAGGCAGUCGGCUACUACCCACAAAAAAAGAAGUCUAAAAUAAUAAUAAUAAUGAAAAAAGUGAAUGAAACAAAUAAUUUCGGGAUUAACAUCCCGCAACCAAUCCCCACCGCCGUUUUUUGUUUUCUUGAUUAAUAAUUCCUCCUCCUCCUUGCCCUCUACUGAUUUUCUCUCUGAUGAAUUUGUGCUUGUGUUUCUCUCAAUGUUUUUUGUUGUCGUUUCCUCCUCCCAAACUGUCGGCUCCCAACGGCUUUUGUUGUUGUUACAUUAUCACAACUUCUUCUGUGAUUCCACCAACUUUUCAUCGUCAAGAUGUCGUCUCCUUAUUCUUCCUCCCUCCUCCUCCGUUGAAAUAAUUAAUGAACUAUUGGAUGACACAAAAAAACACUCACAAAUGAAACGGGUGGAGGGGGGAUGUGGCUCCACAUUUAUACAAACGGGCAAUGUCUGGCCGUUUGUAGGACUUGCAGACGAGUGAAAGAAACAAAUCAAGCGGGGGUGUGCGCGAGAGAUUAACUAUUUCAUCAUGCCGCGCGCCAUUGUUUUGCAACAUGCCUCGUUAUAAUUAUUGUUAUUACGUGUUCGAUGGAAUAAGAGCGGAGAGGUCCAAUCUCCUAGUCACUCUAAAAAAGAAAGGAAACAGCAAACAUUGUUUUUUGAAAAAGAGGCCUGUGGAAUAUGAUUUUCUAUUUUUGAUGGAAGGCGAUGCUGUAUCGUUGUUUAAUCUUUUGGAUUAUAUAUUAAUUAAGUGUGUGUGUGUGUAAUCAUGACAUGGCUUUGUGCAGAAGAGAUGGAGGCGCUCUUUUUAAAAGAAAAAUCAAAUGAAAAUCAAGAAACUCAAUCGGAGAUGGAAAGGAAGGAGGGAAGAAAAACAAAAUGAAUUGAAAAAUCAACGUGCAUGUUUUCAUUGUUGUACUGUCUAUAUAUGAAUAACGAAUUCCAUGUGCUUUGAUGUCAAUCUAUUAUUACCACCACACACAUACACACAAUAAGACAA